AUGGCUCCUUAUUCUUCUCCUAAAAACCGCAAUUCCCCCGGGAAAACAUCGAAAGCCCAGUCGAAAGCCCAGUCGAAAACCUCCCUGAAAGGGCCUCGGAACUCGGACCAGGCCAGCGAAGGUCCCCCCCUCAAGAAACGGAAAUAUGUCCCUGGAGGGCCCGGUGGGGGAGGCAGAUAUAUUGAGCUCGAUAUAAGAGAGACAAAACCACCAAAGCCGACUCCAGUUCGUCGCACCUCAUCCGCUUCUCGGGGUCGUUCUGCCCCAGAGCCCAAGCCUCAGCCUCAGCCUCAGCCCGCGCAGGCCCAGCUUCCUCCUCCGCCACCUCCCGUUCCAACCACACCCCUCUCGGCGCGUCUACGGAGAGACAAGAGUCAAAGUCGUGGUCGCUUUGGCUCUUCGACCGCCGCGGCGCUUGCGUUGCAACAGGGCGAUGGCUACAAACCGCGUGAAGAGCGAGGCUGGGAGGAGUUCCACCCGGAACUGGAUAUCGAGACUAAAUUCACGGUCUUCAGCUCGGAGGAGGUCGAUCGUCCGGCGCCAUCCGCACCGAUUGCGAAUAUUCUGUCUCCGAAUGGUCUGGAUAGGAAUGGAGAGAAAGACCCGUUGGCUGAGCUCGUGCGCGCCCAUGCCAAUGGCACGUCUCCCACCCCCAUCAAGCGUCGGCCAGGUCGUCCGCCUCGUCGUCCGGAGGCUAUUCUGAACGCCCUGGGCAUCUCCCCUCAACCGAAAGUCGUUCCGCCUCCUGGUCCAAACCCCCGCGAAAGGUUGACGCUCCCUAAACCCUCCUUUCGUAUCCUGGACCCUUUUACAUUCUACGAUCAGCCCGGGGUGGGUCAGGCAAACUAUGUCGAUCGUACGAUGGCGAGUGUUGGAUACCAGGAAAGCGAUCUCUUUCUUCGUCAUGACCGUCAGUUGAUUCGAAUGACAGAGGGGGCUCAAGAGGACGAUCUCGAGCUCGCGAACCCAGUAGUGACGGAGGGGGAGAUUAAUGCAAGUGUCGGCAGAGUGGAAUACGAUAUGGAUGAGCAAGACGAGAAAUGGCUGGAAGAUUACAAUGCGAAGCGACGAGAGGACCAAGUUGAGCCGAUAAAGCCGGCGGUCUUCGAGAUCACGAUGACCAAGAUCGAAAAGGAAUGGCAUACUCUUGAGAAGCGCAUACCCAAGCCAAACCCGAAGCCCCCGCAAACGCAACGCCCUCGGUCGAGCUCUGCGGCUGCCGUAAAAGGUGAAACUACUGGGCCUGGGGAGGAACAAGAUUCGAAAUGCGUCAUCUGUGACGAUGGGGACUGUGAAAACUCAAACGCAAUUGUAUUCUGUGAUGGUUGUGAUCUCGCGGUCCAUCAGGAAUGCUACGGCGUCCCUUUCAUUCCAGAAGGCCAAUGGCUGUGCCGCAAAUGUCAAUUGAUUGGAAGAGGGUCGGCAAACUGCAUCUUCUGCCCCAAUACCGAGGGUGCUUUCAAACAGACAACUACGUCGAAAUGGUCUCACCUACUCUGUGCUAUCUGGAUUCCCGAGGUCUCGAUCGGCAACCCUUCUCUCAUGGAGCCGAUAACGGACAUCGAGAAAGUGCCCAGGAGCCGCUGGAAGCUUCAUUGUUAUAUUUGCCGACAGAGAAUGGGCGCUUCGAUCCAGUGCAGCAAUAAAAAUUGCUUCGUUGCCUUCCAUGUGACUUGUGCCCGACGAGCCCAGCUUUACCUGAAAAUGAAGUCUGGCCAUGGUACCCCGGCCGUCACAGACUCCCAUCUGCUGAAAGCGUUCUGUGACAAGCAUGUGCCCCCAGAGUGGCGCAGGGAGCAUGGCACGGACGCUGCUACGGCCGAUGCCAUGGAGUACUAUCGGAACACCAUGCAAGGUCGGCGAUGGGGGGAUUCCCAGGCGGCCGCUCUUUCGCUGGAACCAGCACAUUCUCUCGGAGGUGAUCAUGUCGACGACGAUGGCCCAAGAACACUUACCCCUCGCAUCACCCUGACUAUGGGGGGCAGCAAGCGAAAGCGACAGACUGUACCCAAAACCGUCUGGAAAUUGCCUUCCGGGGCUCCAGUGAUUCCUCAGGUCGUUCUCAACUCAGUUGUGGCUUCUCUCCAGCGCUUCGGGGUUCGUCAACGGAAGCAAUACGCCGAGGACGCCUGUAAAUACUGGACGCUGAAACGAGAGGCUCGGCGUGGUGCUGCACUUCUAAAGCGGCUACAGUUACAACUGGAAACAUUCUCGUCCAUGGAAAUGACUAGGAGAGACUAUGUCGCGAUGGGAGUCGCCGGAGGGAAGCGGCUCCAGCGGCGGAUUGAUUUUGGGGAACGAUUGUAUUACGACCUAGAUCGGCUAAGGAUGCUGUGCGACGAAGUAAAGAAGCGAGAGAGAGAGAAGUUGAAGGAUGCAGAGAUACUUCGGAACGUGGUCGACACGGUUUAUUUCCCUAUCUUCCCUCUACUCUGGCCCAUUUUUGAGAAAGCUCAAGUACUUGAUGGAAAGGCUGUCUUUCGACAAGGCCUGCUGUCCAUCCGCACCAAAUUGGAAGAGCGCUACUAUACAUCAGUCUCGGCAUUUUCCGCAGACCUUGCUCGUGUAUUCACCUCCGAAAUUGGCGUGCAGCCAGCUGGUGACACCGCCGAACUCCAGAUGCAGAUCAGCGGUCGUGCGCCGGAGCUCAGCCUCGAACAACGAGAGAAGAGAACCCUUGCUAAGCGCAUCAUCCGCGCCAUUCAGCCGGCGCUGGAAGACGCGAUCAAAAGGGAGAGCGAGCUGAAUCGCAAGCCUUUUGAGCAAGAGCUGAAAGAACUGGACCUUAUGCUCGAGACUAGCGUCCUCUCGCACAGAGACUCGGAUGUCGAUCCGUCAGAGACUUCAGGAUCGGCGGGACGAGAAGCCCCUAGCUCUCUCAGUGGAUCUGAGGAGAAGGGAGAAGAAGAAAUGGUUUUGGUUGCGAGACCGGAGCCUUGCGACAACGCAGAAGAAGCUGCAGCGCUACCAGAGAAGUCAGAGGAAACAGCCUCCACCAUGCCCGACGCAGACCAGCCAGAGCGUUCCGAAGCUACGACAGAACCUACGACCCAAGAGAAACCCUCCAAAACCGAAUCGGCUCUUCCCGCGGAACCUGCGGGUCCUGCAGUCCAGGAGGCUGGGAAUCAAGAUGUGGAUAUGACUGUCACCAACGUCCCGCCUCCUACUGAAGAACAGCCGAAGGUGAAUGGCGAAACCCACAGGAUAGAGUCGGACAAUGCGGAAUCGAUAAAACCGAAUCCCGAAACCGCCAAGGGGCCAUUGACACCGCCGCCCAGCUUCAAAGGGGAUCAGCAGUUCCCUCUGUCGCAAGGGGGCAUUCAGUGGUACAUGCAACCAUUUGAUCCGGUGGGCACCACCAUUCACGAGGAACGGUGGACGGGGCGAGACGUGAUGCGUGGCAUGAGCGAGGAGCUGAGUGAAUUGGACGAGGACGAAUUGAAAGACCUGGUGGGGGAUGAACUUGAAAGGCAAAUUGUGCCGGUCGCAGGCGGACUAUCCAUGGACGCUGGAGAUACAUCCGUCAGCGAGCAAACGGGGAAGGUCCAUCGAACACGCAGACGGUGGCGUGGAUUCAAGUAG